UUCGCUCGCAUAUAGUAGAUUCGCUUCACCACAGUCAGUGUUCAGUGCGUAAAGUGCUGUGUUCGCUGUUCGUCAGAGUGUUAGCUCAGUCAGUGUGCAGCGGGCGGAGACCCCCAGAAAUAGAGUGCCGCGGCGGCGACGACAACGACGACGACGGAGUGUGGCGACGAGUGCGCGAUGACAAAUUUCUGCUAAUGGACAACCCGUCACCGAGAAACCGUGGUGUGCCAUUGCUUUUUUCUUUGUCGAAUCGGAUGCCGUAUUGGCGAGUAUUUUUCGCGAUCGCGAAUUUCGGGAAGGCUUGCUUGCGUGUUCGGUGUGAGUGAAGAACUUUUUUUUUUGCUCUACGAAACGCCAUGGUGCAAUCGUGAAAAAAGGAACGGAGUGCCCCCCGACCGAAGCAGCAGGAACGAAUGUUGCGAAGAGAAAACAAAGGAUGCUGGGCAUCUGCGGCGAAAGGAAACGCCUGCUAUUGCUAUCGUUGAAAUUGAUUUAAGGUAUUAGUGCGACUGACUGACUGGUGCGAGCGAGAAUAAUAAUAACAAUCGCACUCUUGACGGAUCGAGCGACCGACCGAUCGCGAGUCAGACAGAGGCAAGGCAGUUCAGCUCUCUUUCUCUCUGCGGUACACGUACCGAACAAGCAGGCGAACGAAACCCAAACACAUCGGUGGGAGAGGGCCAUCAGCAGUAGCAGCAGCUGUGCAGAAGCGAGAACGCCUCAACUGUUACUGACAGACACAAGAAGAAGGAAAAAAUAGAAACAAAAGUGCAAGGUGGUGUUUGUGUGGCUCCGUGCGAGAGUUGCGAUACUUUUUGUGUGUCAAAAAAGUGGGCUCCCGUUUCGAUAAAAAUUCAACAGAAACAAAAAAAUAGAACCGGAGAUUGUGGACACGACGGAUGAUCGCGUCGAGGUGAAAAUCCUGUGGUGAAUGUGGUCCCCUAUCCGGGGAAGGAACAAAAUUCGCUGUGAGACUGCACCAGGAACGAGGACGGAAAGUGUGAAAAUCGGGUUUCGAAAGUUGCACAGACUCUUCUGGUUUCUUCAUCAUAAAAUGCUGAUUUCGUCGUGACUUUUUUUCGACUGUCGAGUCGCAAAAUCUUAUCGUGUUUCCUUGAUUAGUGUCUGUGUGUGCCACUUAGGCUAAGAAGAGCUCGAACUUGGAUUCGUGAAGUGGGAUUUCCUGUUUUAAUCAGUGCCAGAACGAUCACAAUAACCAGUCUCUCGGUAAUUAGUGCGCGUGAAAACGGACCGUCGUCGUAGCACAGAAGGAGACACUGGGUAGCUUAACAGUGGUGCAUAAUUAUUUUCUGCGGUAAUUGCUGGUCGGAAGGUGCAGGAAACGCCAUCGGUGGCGGAACCGGAAGCUAGAGCCGAAUAGGAGGGGGCUCCAAUACGUACCACUCUCGGUGGAUUCAUGAGAAGAGAUGGGAAUAAAGGCCAGCACAGCAAAUGGUGGACAGUCGAGUCCUAGAACUAGAACGUUCUCCACCAGCAGCAGUUCGGACGUGGUGUCCGCCGGUGCAGGAGUACCGUACGAAAUAUCCUCCGCCAGUCCGGAAACCGACAGCAGCUCCGCCGAGGAGAAUGCCGCUGCGAGCGCUGCCUCACUAGCGUUAGGUAGGGUCUAUGCGGCCACAUCCUUGCCGACACACAUCUGGUCGUUGAAUGGCAUCAAAUGUCCAGUGUGCAGCAAGUUUGUCAUGCCCGACGAUAUAGAGUGUCAUUUAGUAAUGUGCCUAACGAAACCUCGUUUGUCUUACAAUGAGGACUGCUUAACGGAUGCCAAGGGUGAAUGUGUUAUAUGUUUAGAUGAUUUAUGUCCCGGUGAUAUCAUUGCUAGAUUACCAUGCUUAUGCAUCUAUCAUAAAGGAUGUAUCGACAAAUGGUUCGAGGUGAACCGUAGCUGUCCGGAACAUCCGGGUGAUUAGUAAAACUAAUGCCAGUCCGGGCCGAGGAAACGUUUUGUACUAAGCAAAGGGGACAUCCAGUAGCAACUAAACUAAUAGAAUUAAUACACAGUAACAAGAAAACAAACAAAAAACAACUGAUCAUCUGUGAAUGUGCGAAGGAAACAGAAAUAGGAUCCCGCGAUCGAUUCGAACAAGGCACACAGACACAAGCACGUGGAUGGUGGUUUUUCUUUUUCUGUAAGUGAUAUAUUUUUGACCGAUUUUGCAGCCAAUAAAACAUUUGACACGCUGGAAUCUAAUCCACUAACGCGGGAACCGGUGGAACCAAGCAAUUUUUAGUUUUGACGUAUCGCAAUAAAUGAACACUUUUGACUGGAGUAAUAUAAAACAAACAAACAAAAAAAACUCGGGAAGCAGACAAUGGUUUUAGUCGAGCAGGUCCGCAGGAAACCAUCGAUUAUCAUUAGUAGUGACCGGUUGGAGAGGGUGUUUCCGGUUUCCUUCGUUCGAGUGUCGAUUGCUAGCUGACAAAAAAAAUCUAGUAGUAGAAUCUAAACGUGAUGAGUCGCUUUGUAAAUAUUUGAAUAUGGUAGCGUUUGAAAGGCAACAAACGAGAAAAUGCAUACAACUAAGGCUAAGAGUAAGAGAUUAAAGUAAAAUAAAAUUUUCAACUGAUAAAAAUAUAGUGAAUCAAAGAUAAAUAAACGACAACCAACACAUAAGAAUAUCCGUAAGGUGAAUUAUGUAGUGAUAUAAUCGUUGAAAUAAAACAAAAAAAAACAAUUUAAGAAAUAAUUGUUAACAGUCCACUGGUACUCUUGACACGGUAGAAACGGAAGUAAAAUAGGGUUUCAGUUCAACCGACGAUCAUGGGCUUUCUUACCCAGUUCCGCCUGCGCUCAACGUUUCCAUGCUGGUGUUAUGGUUUGACAAGAUUUUUGUCAUAAAUCCACACGUUUUCCUAGCUUCUGCUCGUAUACCUCUCUCUCGCUCUGUUUUGGAGGCAGACAAGUAGGUUUUUCGUUUGUUUGCUCCUAGAACAAUCAAACAGUGCGUAACCAAUUGUUGUAAAUAAAGUAGGGAUUCUCUUUUCAGAAGUCUAAUCAUAACUAGUUGAAAGUAAACAUGAAUUAAUUGCAAAAGAAAAGAAAAAAAUGUUUCGGUUUUGCUGAUAACGAAGAAUAGUGGUUGAAAAGGAGACGCGUGCUUAUGGAGCAGUAACCCGAAACCGAGUAGACGGAAACGAAUUAGGAAUUACGAUGAUUAUGUGAAACAGGAGCUUGAAUCGCUACCACCGUUUGUUGUUAUUACACAUUGAUAAAAACAGUCGGCGUUGAGCCAUGUCAUCAUCCUUAAGAAUGUAUUAUUUGCUGCGCUGCAGAAUCUGUUCAGAGUGAUUGCAAUUCGAAAGACGUCAUUUUUCGUGGUAUUGAAACGAGUAAGAGAGUGAAAUAUUAAAAUGAGCUCGAGUACGCAUCAGAAAAUAUCAUUCUAGAUUAGAUAGAAUAAUUUAAUCGUGCCCAGUUCUAAGGCGAGUACCUCCAAGAGAAUAGAAAGGUAGAACAGAUUGGAUUAAUUUUGACGUUGAAGAGUUCAUGAAUAAUGCUUCUUUUUAACCAGUAUAUUCUAGUUUAAAAAAUUCUCGUGUUUAUUUUGUUCUUAUUUCAGUAGAUCUUAAUUUGAAUUCGUUUGAUCACGGCUAAUAACUUAUAAAAACUAAGGUCAGUGCGAUUUGGCUAGGAUCUGCAAAAGGAUCACUGAUAAUCGACCAUUAUCCAGAUCCUAUUUGCGCAGUCCUUCCAUUCCGACUGGACUGAUUACCGAAUAAACAAAAACCUUGCUGACAGAUUUCGAAUGACAAUUUCGAUUAGUUUACGGCAGAAUUAAUUUUGGCUUUGUGGUGCAAUAUUGCCCCAAAACAGGGUGAACUGAAUUUAACCUAGUAUGCCGAAAUUUAAACAGACUUCUAAUUUUUAUUGUACACUCAAUACAUUUACAAUUCAUUAAGAGUUAACCUCGAAAUUUCGACUAUUCGACUAAUCGCUAACUUCAACUUCGAUUUUGUUUCGAACAAGAACCAAUCCAUAGACGGACACUUUUUUGAGUGGGUCGAAGCUCUCACCUUCCCACAUAACAAAUUUGCGGGUAGCCGGUGGAGAUUUCUGUCAGACCUUGCUUUAGCAACCCAGUCAGAUUUCUGUACGCAUGGGACUGAGGCGAAUUCAAUUUGAGCGCCACCUUCUGGCAAAUUAGUUUCAUGUUACAACAGGUAAAAUAUUCUAGUUGCAGUUGAAAACCGAAAUAUUGAACAUGCGCCUUUCGUUUUUUCCCUAUUUGCGGUGUGGGCAACUAAUGCGCAUCCUGUGUGCAUGCUAAAGAAUCAACUUGCCGAUAUGCUUUUUAGUUACGCACGCUGAAAAUAGGAAAAAAAAUCGAUAGGGGCAAGUUCACUAUUUUGAUUUUCAGCUGCAACCAGAAUACAUUAAGAAAUAUUCAGUUUUAAUGUUGUUAUUACUUUAAUGAUUUAUCUGUUUCAGGUAUUGUAUUCUGCGGGCUCUUAAGAGCGGUUUUGUGAGUACAGUGAAAUUCUGGCAGGAACUAAGCAAAACCCUUGGUUAUAUCUCCAAGAAAAAAUGGAUCUUCAUUGGAUACUUUUGAAACAUUCCUCAGCAUGCAGGCAGGCUUCUGACUCAAUAGUUUCCAAUCUUCGCGACCUGGCAGAAGGUCAGCAGAAAUAGAACAAAGCGAACUUGGUUCUGGCAAAAUUCUGUCGGCAUCCUGUGUGUGUUUAACCAGAAAUCUCAAAGGCAACAACCGAUUCUACCAGAAGCGGUGAAACUAACCGAUAACGCUCGCUUUUAGCUAGGAUGCUUCCAGGAAUGUGCGGUGUGGAUUGUUACUCUGUUCCUCCCAGAAUAUUCAAAUUUUUGUACUCUGUCUAGAAAAUAUCGCGAUGGUCUAUGCACGGUUCCUUUGAAAACAAAAGUUUAUUCCGAUUUUUGCCGCAGAAACCUUACCGACAGUCCAGAUUGCCACGGCCACCAGUAGUAUACAAACUAGCAGCAACUUGAAUGUUCGAUCAGUGAGCUUCAAGUGAGUAGUUUGCAUAUUAUCUCAGCAGCAUCCAAGCUAAAAUCAUCGUCGUCUUCCGGCCCGGAAGGCAUUCCGUCCGUGCUGAACCACUACGUCGGUUAUUCGAGUUGUCGCUUGCCACCGCAACGAUGGGGAAAUUAGCUUUUGUGGUUCCAGUUCCUAAGAAAGGGGACAAGAAGAACGCAGAAAAUUAUCAAGGAAUUUUUGCACUAAUGCGCUGUAUCGAAGCUUUUCGAAUUAGUUGCGAUGGAGCCGGUGUCCUUUCACUGCAAGCAAUGUAUCUCUGAGGAUCAACAUGGAUUCAUGCCUAGCCGGUCGAUUACGACGAAUUUAUUGUCAUUCACUUCUUUCAUCUUUGACGGGUCUGAGGAUGACUUGCAAACCGAUGCUGUGUACAAACUGAUCUGUCCGCCGCUUUUGAUAGAAUCAAUCCCGAUAUCGCCAUUGCUAAAUUAACUAAACUUGGAUUCAAUGGAUCACUUCUCCGUUGGCUUCAGUCAUAUCUAGUAGGCCGUCAACUCAGCGUGAAUAUAGGCAACGACCACUCUGAAAUGUUUGAAGCUACGUCUGGCAUCCCACAGGGACGCCAUCUUGGAUCCAUUAUCUUUCUACUUUAGUUCAACGACGUGAAUUGUAGACUCAGUGGACCACGCUUGUCGUAUGCUGAUGACGUUAUGGUAUUCAACCAUAUCAAGACUUUGGCAGACGCUCACAUCCUGCAGAAUCAAUUCGAUGUCUUUAGCGAGUGGUGUAUCGAUAAUCGAAUAAUUCUAAAUCCCGCAAAAUGUUCUGCAAUCACCUUCUCGAGGAAAAGAGAAUCUAUUAAUUUCGACCGCAAUCUCUCAAGACAGCUUAUUCCGCGAGAAUGCUGUAUGAAGGAUCUUGGAGUGAUAUUAGAUUUCAAACUCACUUUCAAGCAACACGUCUCAUAUGUCAUUGGCCGGGCAUCACGAAAUCACGGAUAUCUACUGUCCAAAUAGUCUGUACUGUUCCCUAGUCCGAUUCCCUCUCGAGUAUUGUUCGAUGAUUUGGAGCCCGCACUAUAUGAACGGUUGCGACCGAAUUGAAGGUAUCCAACGCAAGUUUAUACGAUUCGCUCUGAGACAGCUAACCUGAUACAGCAAGAGCUCUAGUUGUCGCCGAUCUGUUGUCAGCGGCAGACACAUCGAUUCUCCAGCUUUGUUCGAACGAGUAAACGUCCAAGCUAGAACUAGGGCGUUACUCUUUUGAGAGUGCCUCUUCGGCGGUUCAACCACACAGGGAAUGCAGCCAUCACAGGAUUAAAAAGAACAUUCAAUCGUGUGACACACCUAUUCGACUUUAAUUUGACUCGUAAUGUAAUUAUUUUUUUAAUAAUUUUUAGAGUAGGACAUGAUUGGACCGAGUGCCUCCUUCUAUUGAUUUACGUUUUUAAAUAAAAAAAUAAAUAAAAUUCAGCCAGUGAAUUUUGUCAGGAAGUGCAAGUAGGAAUCGAUUUCGCCCUAGCUUAGCUGAUCUGAAUCUCGCAGAGUGGUCCUUGUCAGAAAAUUUGGUGACCGGGAAAGAUUCGCCAGAUCAGUUAGAAAUGCUGAAUUCCAGUGAGCAGUCCAAAUAAAUGUCUCAAAAUCGUCCAAUGGGUAUCGUAUACAGGACGCCUGUAGAGCGAUCCAUUUCGGGUAAGCAGACGUCCUUUAUUACUAGGAUAUGUGGCGAUUUGUUAUCAUUAGAUGUUUGAAAGUGUGGUUUUGUGUAUUUUCAUGCACCUGUAAGCUAAAAGCUGAUAAAUUUAGGUCUAGCGGUAGCGUAUCAUAUUGUGCAAUAUAUAGCACAAGUCAAAUUAGUUUCAAUUCGAGCAUACCUCCGACAGAUCGACGGCUAACUUAACUGAUACAGGAUCCCAAACUCUUCCGAGAUCCACCUGUACAUCUUUUCAGCAACUCCCACUACUCCUUUCAACUGGAAAAACGAACUGUUUUUUUUUUUUUUCAAAUGAAGCUUGCUGUAAUUUGCUAUUUUCCAAACAGGGACAGGGAAACUGUCUACCUCUUCGUUUGUGACGCAUUUCGACCAGUAUUUAUUUUGUAUGGGAGUGGUACUUCUAGUGUAUUCAGGCAGCAUGCGGUGCUUUGUUGAUUUUUUUCUCCACUUUGAUAUAGCUACUGAAAAUUAUAGACUAGGUGUGGAGAAUUUCAAGCUGUUCGGAGCCAAGUUGACGAAGGAGCGAUUCGACAUGAGUAUUUGAGCAAGCAACAAAUGAACUCUUGCAGACCGGUUUCACGAACACUCAUUCAGUUUCUUGGUUGAAAUUUGUGUCAUUUGAAGUAUACGUACAUCAUCCGUAGAAAAGUCUAGUGGUAUGCGGGUUCUUGCAUUUUCUGGUGCUGAUUGCUACUGUCCUUUUUUAUUUUAAUUGAAUAAAUAUUUUUUAGUUAUUUUUUAUUUUAGAACAAUAACAUCCAAACCGAGAAUACUAGAACGACCUCAUCAGAUCUACUAUCAAUCUAUCUUCUGACCUCGCACAAAGCAGAAGCAAAAAAAAUCGCUACGCUAUAGCAGGCUAUAGGAACCAGUGAAUCAAGCCAGCUUUUGUUCUGUAUCAGUGCAUACACAAAUUGUAUCGUUGCACCCGACUGCGGAGUGAAAUGAGUUUGCUAAAUGAAACAAAAGUGCCCGUGCUACGGGAUAACACGAUUUCGAUCGAUUUUAAUAAAAUUCGUGUUAGACCCACAUUUCAGGAAGUGGAACAGUUAGUUAAGGUUAAAAAUGGAGGUUAAUUUCGCUGAAGUUACGUACAUUCAGCUACAGCAAGUAAAAAAACUGUGUUUUGAUCACGUUUAGAAGCUUAGCACAGGCAGAAAACUUCAUUGCCAAAAACAACAUGUAACACGAGGUCGAAUUUAAUAACAAGAUCAAGAUCCCCGUGCAUAUGGAAAACGACAUGGUGGACGUGCGUAUCCAUGAUUUGGCCCCGCGCACAAGGGAUGAUUACAACGAAUCAUGUCGCAAUAUGGAGAAGUAGAAUCUAUUACGAAUGACACCUAGAGAAAUUUUUUCCCCGGUAUUCCCAACGGCGAUACAAUACGAAUUGUGAGGAUGAGAGGGACUAAACCAAUACCGUCUUACAUGACUAUCGAAUGCAAAUCACCGAAGGAAGGCGUGACCUAUAAGCAAACAACGCUAAUCACAUAUCCCGGGCAGACCCCAACAUGCCAAUUCUGUAACCAUACAGUUCACUACGGAAAAACAUGCGCCGAAGCAUCUAGUCAAAAUUCAUCUACUACAUCCACUGACACCAUCAGAUAAACCAAAACCAACGAUCCAAUUGACCAGGUGUACAACGACAACCACUCCCAAAUCAACCAACUAGCAUCGCCAAUAAAGAAGCAAAUACCGAUGAAGACGAACAAGAAACAAAUAAGAUUCUCUGAUCGUGAACAGGAAGAAAGCAGUACCGAUGAUGACAUGGACGGAAACGAUAACGCGAGAGAAGGCAGACUGAAUAACCCCCAAGCGGCUUCACCGCCAAGGAAAAGGAUCGCAACACGCACCAGCAAACUGCGUCAAUAAGAUCUGGCAGACCGACGUUCUUAGAAUUUUGUUAUUUUUACUUAUCGUAAAAAAUUAAAACACCCACGGCUCAGUUGUGCUAACGCAUUGAGCCGUUUCAAAUAAAUAAUUAGAUAAAAAAAAAUCAGAUCUACUAUAGUUUGUGUAUGACACUUGAGAUUUCACACAUCUGGCGGAUUGUAGAAGUGGAUUGAACAGGUCUGUGUGGGUGAUGUCCCGGCUAACGAUUGACGAACUUUCCCAGUAAAGUUCAGCCUGAACUUUACUGGGUAUUGGCAGUUACGUAAUUCAGAAGACCAGCUGUCAGUUUGUUGGAUGAAGCUAUAGCUGUAAUGAUUCCGAAAAUACAAGAGAAUGAGGAGGAAGUAUUGCAUGCGGCAGCUGGAGUGCCAGACGAACUUAUGAAAGCAGAAGAAGUAUUUCAUAACUCGAAGUUGGGCAAGAAAUGGAUUCUUAUACACAAUGUGAAGAUGCAGAUGUUAGUCAUGAGCUACUAUCCGAGGAAUUUGCGGGAGAGUCAGAAAAAAAAAUCGGUGGCAGAAAAAUCGACAUCCCCAUUCCAACUUGACUGUCCCGGGGCCAGAAUAAGAUUACUCCAAGCACCAGUGAUUGGAAGUGCAGAAAACUAGGUUGGUUCAAUGAUUUCAUUUCUUCUGAUGGUGCAUUUUCUGCUGUAGAUUGGCCAUCUAAAUCAAUCAAUCAAGAACAAAACCUGGAUGGUUCAAAACUCAUCGGGGGAUUUUCGGCAUGAAAACGGAUACUUAAAAGCAAAAUUAGUCGUUACGCAGAAGAACAUCCACUACGUCGAAAGGUUGACCCCGGUGACAAAAUUUGACAUGAUCAGGGCAUCAUUAACCAUCGCGAGUAUCAGGGAAACGAAAAUCCAUGAAUAGAUUGCGAACAGCAUUCCUUAACGGCGGAAUAGUAGAGAACCCUACGUUAAUUCAAUGCAUUGGACGUUUAUGCACCGAAUACCUAAAAUUUCGAACGGGUCGUUGCUCUUAAGUGGACAAAGCUGGAUUGGUAUAGAACCGUUUUAAUGUUUCAAUUUGGAGGAAAUCAAAUCAUUUAGACGGCUUUUCGGUUUAAGGAACGGGUGCGAGAUCUCAGUGUGCGUAUUUUAAACGUCAGAUAUCUCAAAUGUCCGAAUAAUGAAGCUGACGGGGAGCUGACGGAGCUCAAGCCAAGUCGAAAGCCUGUUGAAGCGACCACUAUACGCGUUGAAGCAAUCUUCAAAAUUCAACAAAUUUCUCAAAGCUCAGGGGUUCUUCCAGUCUCACUACAAUUACUAUGUGUACGUGAAAAACAUAGAAAAGGAACAGUAUUGAUCAUAGUAUAUUUGAACGAUCUGUUCAUCAUAUCCCUGAAGCAGCAAUUUGAACAGUUCGAUGGGAUUUUAUUUGAACUGCUAGUCUCUUGAAUUGUAACUCGGCGGAUGAGAAUAACUGUCGGUGGCUUAACGAUGAUGGAUCUUUGUUCUAAACGACUUGCAAUCCUCGUUAUUUUAUUAGUUUUAGGUAAUAUUUCUUUGCAAUAAAUUUUGGUCCACCAAGCGGGUCUCAGAAUAAAAUAACAAAAUUAUAACUGAAUAAAUUUUUCGAAACAAACUGUGUAAUCAAUCUUCUUAGUUGCAAAAAUAACCAAUUAUAACAAGUAUCAACAGAGUUUUGAUAGUGUUUUGUUAUGAUCUUCUGAUGCGGGAAUAGUCUGCCAAGCUUCCCUUCACAGUUUUUGCUUGACCCCGACUGCAGUUGGGGCUAGAACCUGAUUCAGUUUUGCUUUAAACAAAAAUACAGCAUUAAGUCUCACGCAAUUUUGAACUCGGAUAGUAGUUACCCAUUUUUUGCUCUCGAAAGCUCUCUAAUUACUAGGCCUAUUUCCUCAACAGCGGAAUUGUUCCGUUGGAAUGGUGUUUUUUUGAGAAUCUAUCAACAAUCUGUUGAACUACGUUGGAAUUAGGAGCUAGCAGUUCUCCUUGUCUUAGUCUGAUAGAAGGUAGAUGAAAUGACUGAAUUAACAUUAACCGAUUUUGCAGAUUGAUUUUUGAACUUUUUAUUAAAUUUGUAAGAACAUCUGGCUCAUAGUAAAAAGGUUUUUUUUUUUUUACAAAUUAGAGGGCUUUCGAUAUACAUCAUAGAAAAAGAAUAGAUAGUCAAAUUAACCGCGCUAAAUUAUUUGAACAAUAUUUUUUCUGUUUUUAAAAAAGGCAGCAGCAAAAAAAUUUAAAAAAAAAACGGAAUAGAAUAACACAAGAAUCACAUAUUUAGGCAGAAAAAAACCAAAACCUUAGACUACGAACCUGAUUCGUAAAUGCUUUUUUCGAUGUUCCAUUAUUUCAGUUUUGCGCCAGUAAACAAAAAGCGAACAAACAUCAUCCCCGGAUUAAGCGUUGUUUGUUGCGAAACAACAAAUAAAUAAGAGAUUUCUCUAUCUAACAAAAUAGAAAAGCGACUAAAUAGAACAAAACGACGCAAGAUGGGGAAAUUUAGGACAAUUUAAUACAGUAUGCAACUAAAAAAAAAACGAUUGUAAAUAUGUCUAAAGAAAGAAAAAAGUACAUAAAUAUAGCAAGUAUCUUAUUCGCUAGAAGGGUUACGGAUACGAAAUGAUGACGGGAAUAGUAGCCCACCCGCCCACGACGGUCCCGAAAACCGAGACGAAAUCAGCAGAAGGCAGGAAGAAUGUGGGGUUUUUUUUCGAGCUACACCGGUUGAACGUAAAAA